GCGGGCGGAAGGCCUGCCCUUCGAGAAGGCCUGCCCCCUUCUCCCUCCUUCCUUCCCUCCUUCCUGCUGCUGCGAGUGCGCCUCCGCCGGCCCGGGAGGGGAGAGCGAGGCCUGCGCGAAGAAGCAGCCGCCGCCGCCGCAGCCCCCACCACCAUGAACAAGUUGAAGUCAUCACAGAAAGAUAAAGUUCGACAGUUUAUGAUCUUCACACAGUCCAGUGAAAAGACCGCUGUGAAUUGUCUAUCUCAGAAUGACUGGAAGUUAGAUGUUGCAACAGAUAACUUUUUUCAAAAUCCUGAACUGUAUGUACGAGAAAAUGUUAAAGGAUCGUUGGACAGAAAGAAGUUAGAACAGCUAUAUAAUAGAUACAAAGAUCCUCAAGAUGAGAAUAAAAUUGGCAUAGAUGGUAUACAGCAGUUUUGUGAUGACCUUGCGCUUGACCCUGCCAGUAUUAGUGUAUUGAUUAUUGCCUGGAAAUUCAGAGCUGCAACACAGUGUGAAUUCUUAAGGAUGGAAUUCAUGGAUGGGAUGACAGAACUAGGAUGUGACAGCAUAGAAAAACUAAAGGCCCAGCUUCCCAAAAUGGAACAAGAAUUGAAAGAGCCAGGAAGAUUUAAGGAUUUUUAUCAGUUUACGUUCAACUUUGCAAAGAAUCCAGGACAGAAAGGUUUAGACUUAGAAAUGGCCAUCGCUUACUGGAAUUUAGUACUUCAUGGAAGAUUUAAAUUCCUAGACUUGUGGAACAAAUUUUUAUUGGAACAUCAUAAAAGAUCUAUACCGAAGGAUACUUGGAACCUCCUUCUAGACUUCAGUGCGAUGAUAGCAGAUGAUAUGUCAAAUUAUGAUGAGGAAGGAGCAUGGCCAGUUCUUAUUGAUGACUUUGUGGAAUUUGCACGCCCUCAGAUCGCUGGCAUGAAAAGUACGACAGUGUAGCGCUAAAUGGACCUUCUAGAGUGUACAUAGCCUGUACAAAUAAACACACUGGGGGAAAAUUGCACAGUCAAUUUCUGCCAACUGACUGAACAGGACUGAAGACCAAUCCUCAAGAAAUAAAGGCUGAGGGUUGAGGCAAACCUCUAAAGGAUCUACCUUGGACCAUAUCAGACUACGGGUGGUUUGGGCUUCUCUCCUAGCCUGGGCCAUUCUGAUCGAUUUGAAAACUCCAGCAUUGUCGAUAUCAUCCUUUUUGGGUUGCUUUUUUUUAAUCGAACAUCCUGAUCCUUCCCAUAAAUCUUAAAAAUGUUUUUGGAUGGUUCUUCUGAAAUAUCCGAUUCCACCUAAAGCACAUGCUGUCUUCACCAAGCAAGCUCUGGCAUGAGAAUUUCACAGAUCAGCGUCACAACCUGAUGGUUUUAGUUUCUUUUCUUUCUUUUUUAAAGGUCUUCAAAUAACAUGCGCUUGGGCUAGCGGGAAAUACCACACUGAGAAUAUCCUAAACAGUGAUAUGUGGUUUCCCAAGGUCUGUUUGUAGGUGUCAGCAUGAAUGGCAAGGCUGCUGCCUCCAUUUUAAAGCAGGCAUUGAAAGCAAAGCUUGCAGUUUUCUCCCCCUUCAAUAUCAGGCUCUCCAGCUGUACAGGUGCUUGACUUUGUGUGUUUGAAACACAACAGAGGUACUGGGCACUUUGAAGUGCUAGUAUUUUAAUUAUUUUGGUCAGAGACACUGGGUGCCUAAUGUUGAAAGUCGAACCAUUCUGAAGGGCUCCAGUCCUCGGUUGCUGGGCCAUGCGAUGUUUUACCGAGUCUCCACCCGUUCCUGCACUCUUCCUCUUCUUGUUCCCAUGUUCCUCUGAAUGACUUCCUAUAUCUGCCAGCCCUCCAGCCCUGGCCAUCACAUUUUCACACAUACAGUGUCCAUCUGCAAUAGUGGCACCCCCACCCUAUCCCUCCAUAUUUUGCCUUUCAGUUUAAUCUUAUACUAUUAUUUUGGACGGGAUCAAGUAAUGGCUUCAUGGAAUUGGAGCUGUUCUCUCUUUUUCUCCUUAAUUCUUGGAGUUAGUGGGUGCACCUGACAUUAUUUGCAUAACUCUGUGUAUCUGUCCAUUUUUAAAAAACUAGAUGGACAGAGUUUUGGUGAAAUGGGCUUUAUGCCAUUUCUAAUUUCCAAUAUUUUCUAAAACAAGGGCUGGCCAGUUUAAUCUGAAAAGUGGGUUUUAAAUUGCUCCCAACCGCUCUUCAAGUUGCUCAAUAAAAUUUUGUAACCUUGACAUGUUUACAUCUUUGUUGAGGAAAUCUCUCUACUCCCUUCCCUCCAACCAAAUUUCUACUGAAAUGUUAAAAACCUGAAUACAGUACUGGAUUUUAAUGUUGGUUAUGCAAUGUAGAUUAAGACUGAAGAAGGUGUUUGAUUGUUAACGGAAGAGCAAUGUGUGUGAUGCGGAUCUCUUUUAGACAUGAUGGCUCAAACCAUGUAAUGCAAAAUUCUUAUCAAAGUAGUGGUACUUCUAUGAUGGUCAGAAUCUUUCAGCAGUCAUGAUGGGUGCAUUUGUUUUUUUGUUAAGGCAGAAGUGUGAUGCUAAUGGAAGCAUCAACCUGUUGUACAGAAGUUCCAUGAGGCUCUAGAGCACUGGUUCCCAAGCUUUGGUGCUCCGGGUGUUUUGGGACUUCACCUCCCAGAAUUUCUGAGUUUUGGACAAUUGGAGCUUAUGGAAGUUGAAGUCCAAAAUGUGUGGGACCAAAGCUUAGGAACCAGUGCUCUAGUAUAAAGCAGAGGAUGAACAAUUCAUGUCCUUCCAAAUGGCCUUGGGUUGCAACUCCAACGGACUUCAAUUGGUACACUCUUUGCUGAGGGGUGAUAGUAUUUGCAGUGCCGAAGCACCUAAGGGGCCACAAGUUGCUCAUUCUUGUAAAUGGAGUUUGCCAUUCACAUUGGUAGCAAUUGGGGUUGGAGCAUGGAUUUACUGUUCACAUUGGAGUUGCUGCUUAGUUAAAGCCCCUACAUAUGCUCUAAAUAGUCCAAAAGCCUAUCUUCUUCCCCAAAAAUGUAUAAAUCGGAGUAUAAUCCAGUGAAACAGAACCCUAGCACUUUUCAUGGCAGAACUUUAGGUAUUUGUUUUACUCUUCCAUUGUGUUCAGUGGAACACAGCCAUCUGCUUAAAUUUGGCUCAGUUUUGGGUCAUACCCAGUGCAGCUGUAAUGUUACUCAGUUGCCUAACCGUGGUUAAGGAAUUGAGAGUGUCUUGAUUAAAUCCCUGUCCCUGUCCAGCAUAAACCAUGUUUAGCACUGUGUUUCCUCAAAUGCUAUCCAUUGUUAGCUUUAAUCCAGAAUGUGAAUCUUGAAGUUGUGGAGCUCGUUUACACGCUUAGCUUAAUGUCAACCAUGCUGCUAACUUUGGCCUGGACGUCACAUGGAAUAUGGUCAAGCCUGAAAUAGGAAGGGGAAGUAAACUGCAGUGGGUGAAACAUGAAUCUCCAAUUCUUUUAACCACAAUUAAAAGUUUUGGAGAUUUUAUGUCUGUCUUAGACUCCAUUGAAUGUACAUCAGCACUAUAGUUGUGUCUAGCACCCAAUUUUGGCUGUUCGCUUCAAAGUGUGAUUUUUAUCGCUUGUGUUUUACACGUCAGCAUCCCUUGAAAUACCAUCUGGCUAAAGAGUCAUUUUAACUCCAUUUGUAUUUCUCUGAAAUAAUAGUUUUACUAAGGAGAUAUUAGGACAUUUCCAAUUCAAGAUGUUAACAUCUUUUCUAAUCUUAAUGAAUGAGACGUUCAGGCUUGGCAUACUAAGUAAUGUUUCAUGACUGACAUCUCAUUUAUACAUGAAAUUCAAAAUGCACUCUUAUGCGGUAACAUAAUUUUAGGGGGGAAACCUUGUGUAUUAAAUGACUUAACAUUUAUUUUUAACCUAUGUGACGUCGUCAGGAAAGUGCCCCCUUGUUUCCUAACAGUGCACUUUGGGAAAAGCUUGGUCAUGUGCUAGUUUUAAGGAAACAAUGCGAUACGAGUUGAGAAUUUCUCUUCUUCGGCUGCUGCGAUUGGCAAAAAUCAAACAUUUUGAUCUACUCUUUUCAUUUGUUUUAACUCGUGUAAAUAUCAGUGGAGACUUGAAUUAUAAAAAUCCUACAAAGUGUGUGUGCCGUUUUCUGUCUAAUGAAAAAUUGGGAACAAGUUUCUCAGAAUGAGUUCAUUGAUGUAUGCUGUGUUACUUGUGUGUCUGUGUGUGUAUUUUGGCAUUCUUGUUUCUCCUUUUUUUAAAGAAAAAAAUUCAUGAGAUAUUCUAUCCCUGUGCAGAAAGUUGAUGCAUGAGAACACCGUGCGGAUCUUGUUUUUUUUUUGUUUUUUUUUUGAAAAAAAAACAAAACAGUAUUGAGAGGCCUUUUCAACAAAAUGGAUUUUGCCAUCAGUUUCGUACUACAAUAUUUAUAAUUACUGUGUAAUUAUAAAAAGAAACUGCAUUACAUAAAGCAUUGCUGUCUUACGUAGUAGGGAAACUGAAGUCAUUUGUGUGAUUGCAUCUUGGAAAUUUAAGAAGAGGGUUUGAUCCAUCACGCACAAGUCAGCUGCCUGCCUUUCCUUGCAGUAGGAUGUGUAUUUUCAAGGCUUGCUUGGAUUGUGUCCAGUGGCAGAAAUGUAUGGCUCAAUGAUGGUUUGCUUCUGAAUGUAAAUGCCUGGCUCUAGGAGAGAUUGACAGAUGCGCAGACCUAUUCCUGUAUGUGUGUGUGUAUGUAUGUAUGUAUGUGUGUGUAGUUUCUUUUUAAUUUAAAAGUUGUGAACUGAGUACAGUACAUACUUGGGUUGGUUUUAUUAAUAAAAGCAACUCAGACUUUGAUCUGGCUUUUAUCAUCCCUAUCAUCAUUCUCUCUCUUUUUUAAUUGCAUACAAAUAUAAAACCCUAAUUUGGGGGUUUUAUACUAAUAUGUAGAACUGAAACUGUCCUGCUAUAAGAGAACACUUGGGAACUGAGGGUUAUAUUUCAGACACUCGAUCAGCAUCUUUCUGUAAGUUGAAUUGUAAUUUCUUAGGAAAACGCAUCCCUCCCAACAAACAAGAGGCAAUAAAGUUCCAGCCCAAUUGUCAUGAUGAAA